GUCAAAUGAUUCUCCUGCCUCAGCCUUCUGAGUAGCUGGGAUUACAGGUGCCCACCACCAUGCCCAACUAUUUUUUUUUGUUUUGAGAUGGAGUCUCACUCAGCUGCCCAGGCUGGAGUGCAGUGGCACAAUCUCAGCUCAUUGCAAACUCUGCCUCCUGGGUUCAAGUGAUUCUCCUGCCUCAGCAUCCUGAGUAGCUGGGAUUACAGGGAUGAGCCACCAUGCCUAGCUAAUUUUGUAUUUUUAGUAGUGACAGGGUUUCAUCAUCUUGGUCAGGCUGGUCUCGAACUCCUGACCUCAGGAGAUCCACCAGCUUCAACCUCCCAAAGUGCUGGGAUUACAGGUGUGAACCACCACACCUCACCAUUCAGAGCACUUUCACUUCUGUUCAGUCUAACAAAGACAGGCAUCAAGCACAUACCCUAUGCAAGGUGCUGAGUGCUGAGGUCACUGAGAUUCAGCCAAUACAGCUCCUACCAUUCUGGAGCUCACAGACUGGAGGAGACACAGAGAAAAGCAGUCAUUGGCAAUGCAGAAUGAAAGGUACUAUAAUGAAGCAAAUUCACAGGAAGCUGUGGGAGCAAGGAGAAGAAACCCACACACUCUGGGGACAGUCAGGGAAGGCUCUCUGGGAGAGAGUUCCCUGGCACAAUAACCACUGUGAGGUUGGCAAGGCAACGAUUGUUAUCCUCAUUGUGUGAUGGGGGCCACUGAACCAGUGACAAGCUGGGGGAAAUGACACUGUUGGGCAGUUGGAAGUCAGACAGCCCUUUGCCUUAUUCUCAAACUCUAACCAUAUGGCUGGACACUACUGAAAUGCAUUCCUAAACCUCUGCUGCUGAGAAUAAUUGGACCUACCGUCUAUUCCCAGUGUAACUACCUGUAUACCAAACAAAUCCAAUUCAAGCCAACAGGCAAAGUAUAGGCUCAGACAGAAUCCAUCCUGUGUGUGAGGUGGUAUGCAAGGGUGGAAAACCUCACUGUGACUCAUCCAGCUGAUUUCUGGGCUGAACCCCCUGAUCUCACAGGGCUAUUGGGAGAAUACUGUUCACAAAGGUUUCCAGCACAUAGAAGGUUCCUCCAUGGAUGCUGGCUGGCCUGCCAUGAUUUAAAGUGGAAGAAGCACCAUCAAGAUACUCAAGGAACACGGUAGCUGAUGCCCCUCACUUGGCACCUGUGUUGGCCCUGGCAUCAUGGACAACAGAAAAACUCAGAUGUACACAGAAGGUAGAACCGAGGCUCCAGGGACCCAGCCAAGUCCUUGCCUGAGAAUCACCAUAAAGAGGGCUGGUGUUGAGCCCACCACACAAGGAGUCAGCCGGGAUGCUUCAGAAUUUGGCAGCGGGAAGCAGCCCUCAUCAGCCUCAGGAGGGUCAGAGAAGGGGCCCAGACACAGAGAAGCAUUCCAGGUGGAGCCUUCAGAUGUCAGGACCUGGGAGCUGAGGCCUCCAGCAAAACCAGGGAAGAAGCAGUCCUCUUGGGUCCCCCAGAAAGGGUCCCAGGAGCUGCAAGCAGGCCAGGAUCAGAGUGAGCUGGGGUUGUCGCCUUCCUGGAUUCCUGAAGCACGUGAAGGGCUGCAGCAGCCGGGCUCUGGGAAAAAGAUCAAGGGCCAGCAGGGGAGGCAACGGAACCCGGGAAUCCAGGAGGAUCAGCCUCCUGAGAGCUGCCAGGGCGCUGGAUGUCAGUCCACCCUAGGUCACCAGGCAGACAUGGUGCAGCCAAGAGAGGCUUCUUGCCCCUUGGAGAGCCGUGGCCAGCCACUGAGAGACAAGCACCCCAAGGAGGCAGGCGUCCCACACAUCAGGCCACAGGAGGCUCUGCCAGAGCUCAGCCCAGGGGGACAUGAGGAUAGCUCUCAGGAAGCAAUGUCCCCAGUGUCCAUGGUGGCUCUAGAGGAAAAGGCAGCCAACCCCUUCCUACCAUCCAUGCCUGGACCUAAGAAAACAAAAGAAGGGGUUGAGGCUGUGGAGAACCAGCCAGCACCUGGGCCUCUUCCUCCACCAGAGGUGAGGGACAUUGGAGACAGCCGGGAGCUGGACCGUGCACAGCACCAGCUUCAGGACCCCGUAGUGGCUUCAGGGAAACCGAGCCUCAGAAACCUCCGGCGGGGCUUCAUUAAGUGCUUGCUGGAGAUGGAGGAAGUGGAGGCCUCCCAUCGGAGAGCCCUGAAGGCUCGGUCCCUGACAGCCCAGAAGUCCCCCAGGACUGUGACCCGUGUACCCACCUCAACCCCAAGCCUGCCUCAGACCCCUGCCUCAGACCCUGCCAGCUGCUCAUCAUGGGCCCAGCUGCCAGCUCCUGGGCCAGUACCUGCCCUCGUGGGAGCCCCGGUCUCCACCUCCAUGCCUUGCACUGUCCUGCUGGGCCCCUCCCUGGACCUGAGCUGGAGAAGGAUGGAACUCUUGCAUCAGAGCAGCGAGAGGACCCUGAGCUACUCCAAGGCACAGCAGGAGCCGGUAGAGCACAGCCUCCAAAAGCCGUGUCAAAACUGGGAGGAGAGGCCCGAGGAGCACCUGAACCUGAAGCAAGAGGAAGCCUUCCGCAGCUACUUUGAGAUCUUCAAUGGUCCUGGUGAGGUGGACACACAGAGCCUGAAGAAUAUCCUGCUCCUAGUGGGCUUCUCUGUGACACCGGCCCAGGUGGAGGACGCCCUGAUGAGUGCUGACGUCAAUGGAGACGGUCAUGUGAACUUCAAAGACUUCUUGGCUGUGAUGACAGACACCAGGCGCUUCUUCUGCUCUGUGGAACAGAACGCCCUGACGAACAUGGCUCCCCACAAACCCCACACGCUACUCUUUGAGAUCCUGUCCCAGCUGGUAGAGAUGCUGGCCUUACCAGAGGCAGCCUUGGAGGAAAUCACAAACUACUACCAGAAAAAGCUGAAGGCGGGCACCUGCAAGGCCCAAGAAAUGAAAGCAGCCAUACGCCGGCUGCGGUUGCAGAAGAUUCCCUACAACCCCCAGCAGGAAGAGAGCUCAGAAGUCCCAGAACGAAAGGUCCUCAGUAUCCUGAGCCGGCUGAAGCAGCAGAACUAUGCUCUCAACCUGCAGAGCCCCUAUGGCCAGGUGCCCUGCAUCCCGCUCUGCCUGCGGUUGGACAAGAUGGUCUGUAGGAAGCCGACCACCCACCACGUGCUAGACCAGUGUGUAUCCCCUGGCCUGGAUCCUGACAUCUGUAGCCCCUUCUUCCAGUCAGGAUCUCAAGGAAAGAGGUGGGUGCCCAGAGAAAGGGUCCCAGCCCAGGCCCUUCCAGAUCCUUCCUUAAGAGGCUCCUAGCCUAAUAUCUGAGAAUCCAUCUUUCUAAGAGGUGAUACCUGAGGGGCUGCUUGCUCCAGGGAGGAGCAAGAGUGAAAGGCAAAAAAAAUAAACCUUUGUUGAGUGCCUGUGUACCCAGCAGAGUGUUCCAUUGAAGCCAGAGUGCUUCUGCAUGCCUGUGCCUAAGGCUUAGUGGCACCUACUAAGUGCUACAAAUUCCCUAUGGUUCCAUAUUGGGACUACCAGGCUGUGCAGCUGGGCAAAGGAACGUCUCCUGCAGCAGUCCCCUUUCAGGUCACUGGGGAAAGGAGCCCUAGACUUGGAAUCAGGCCCCUAAGCCCAACUGCUGGCUCCUCCAUUUCCAUGGGGAUGCUCCUCUCUCUCCUCACUUGGGCAGCAUGGAUGGCUUGUGUACUGGCAGAACUAUGGGGAAAAGGCCAAUAUCUCCCACCCUCUGCCCUCCUCUCCCCAGGGAACACAACUCUGACAGCAGAAAGUGGCUCAGCUCUAUGGCAGCUUGAACCCACUGACCCUCUGGAGGCCUGACUCUGGGCAGGUGCUCAAGGCCUGCAGACAGAUGGGUCACCUGGACAGCAGCUCCAGGAGCUGCUGCUGGAGUUUGCUUUUGUGGCCUGGCAAGCUAAUAAACACCAAUAACUU